AUGCCGUGCUUCCAAGGGUUGGCCGUGAGCAUUCAUACACCGGAUGGACCUCUGUCAGAAUAUUCGAUUCAGAGGCAGAAUAGAUUCUCCCGCAUCACGUCGUAUAUACCUGUUCCUCCCGCUAAGAUCCCACCCGGGUCGAACAAACCAGAGCAGUCGACAUUUGCGAUCUCGAUCACGCUCCUCACACCAGGUCUCAAUGUUCCAUACUCGGCACCGAAGGCUACAGCCGACGAUCCUUAUCCGCGCCCCAGAAUUGUGGGUAGUUUACCUGGAUUUGGAAAGGAUCGCGGCAAAUAUGGUCCUGUAAUAGGUCCUUACACUCCUCUGACACAGUCGCCCAACGAGACUAUUGCGGCCUACAUAUAUUUUGACGGAAGGGCAAAAGAAGAGGUCGCAACUUUACUACGGCGCGGCGAAGAGACCUGGGUCAAUUCAAGAUGGGUGAGCGUACCAGACUCGGAGGGCGGAGGCCUGGCAGAACGAGAAUUCUUGUUUCGGGAAGUAGGCUUAGAACGCUGGCUGAACGGGCUUGACCUCGAAGGCAAGGAUAUUGCCGCACGUAUAGAGCGCAGGAAGCAACGACUGGAGAAGAAGCGCCUGAAGAAGGACGCUGCAGCUUCAGACGACGAGGUUGAUGUAAAAGGGAAGAAACCCCUCCAAAAAAAUGGCGUACUGCGCUAUGGAGACAACAAAGAUGCACCGGUAGAAAGUCUUUCUGGUGACGAAGGCCUAUUAACCAGCGAUUCGGAUUCAGAAGACGAACCGCCCGAGCCCGAAGCAGCCGGGCAAAUCAAGGUGGCUCUAUUCAGAGUGCUAGCUUCGGGUGAAAUCAAACGAGGAGAGUACUCUCCCCAAUUCGACGCUCAUGACGACGAUGAGAACGCGGGUCAAAACGGCAAUAGUGGAGGCGAUGCCGAUGUCGAUCACACGACAAGCUUUGCAAAACCAAAGACUUUGGACCCUAAGUCGAUCAGCACGCAGACCGUGACUGGUAUCGACCCGCCAGAUAAGCCAUAUGCAGUAUUCACCUUCUUGUAUAGGGGCGAGAAACAACUCCGCAAGAUGGGCAUCCUCGCUACUGAUGAGAAGAAAGCACCUGUACCGUUGAAGCGCCGGUCUACUGGUAUUGACCUUGGUAACCUGAAACCUCUCACCAGCACUGGUACAAAAGGAUUUGCAGGUUAUCGUGACGGAGCAGCAACGUCGCCCACGAAAGGUUUCCCUAGGAAGGGCAAGAAAAAGGACGACGAGGAUGCUAUGGAUAGCGACGCAGAUGAUGAAGAUGAUAGGAGGAACGAAGAAGACUACGAAGACAUUACGGAAGAGAAAGGUCUAUUAUCACCAGAUGACGCUCUCAAGCAGGGCGAACUUGCGGAAGGUGUACGAAAGAUUAAGUCUACAUCUGUUCCAGCACCUACAAGCACGACAACGUCAUCGUCAGCGCCAAACUCAGGGGCACCUACGCCAUCUCUACCACCCAGCGACGUACCACCAGAGGCCCUCGUCGGAUCGCCAUUCAAAAAACAGAGAGCUAGCUUACCGGGAUUUGAAGAGAGUGUCCGGAAGAGUCUGUUCAGCAAGUUCGAGAAUAAAGAGCCCACUGCAAAAGGCGUAACAGGAAAACCGCGGGACGAUGGCGACAUGGACGAAGACGAAGAGCUUUGA